GCGCGCCGGCGCCGGGCUCUCUCGGUCUGCGGUCCCGGGGUCUGUGCGCCGCGGGCCGGGCUCUGAGGAGCAUGGAUCCCGCGGGCGCCUGGGACUCCUCGUCGCCCUGGGUCUCGCUGUGGACAAACAGGUUUUACGUGUACGUGGGCUUGGCCUGUGGCAUCAGCCUGUGGAUUUGCUUCCAGAUCGUCGUCAGGAGGCGGGACAAGAGCUCCCAGGAGAAAUCGGCUCCAAAAGCAAGCCGGGAUUUGGGGACAGAAGGCUCUAUCUCUCUUCAAAGGAAGGAGGUCUCCGUGUCCGGAGUGAAGAUUUUCUAUGGUUCCCAGACUGGAACCGCGAAGGGAUUUGCAGCAAGUCUUGCUGAAGCGGUUACCUCCCUAGAUCUGCCUGUGGCAGUCGUCGAUCUGAAAGACUAUGACCCAGAUGAUCAUCUAGUAGAGGAGGUUACUAGUAAAAACGUUUGUGCCUUCAUGGUUGCUACGUACACUGAUGGUCGACCCACUGAAAGUGCAGAGUGGUUCUGCAAGUGGUUGGAGGAAGCAGCCAGUGAUUUUCGAUUUGGCAAAACUUACCUGAAGGGUAUGAGGUACGCUGUGUUUGGCCUGGGAAAUUCUUCCUAUGCGAGCCACUUCAACAAGGUUGGCAAGAAGGUUGACAAGUGGCUCUGGAUGCUUGGUGCCCACCGCGUGGUGGCGAGAGGGGAGGGGGACUGUGACGUGGCAAACAGCACACACGGCAGCAUCGAGGCCGACUUCAGAGCCUGGAAGACCAAGUUCCUCGCUCGGCUGCAGACACUCGAGAAAGGAGAGAAGAAGCCCUGUGACGGCAGCUGCAAGAGAGGCCAGUGCGAAUCGUCCGCGGAGGAAGAGCCCUUUGAGAGCACCAGUGAGGACGAGUCCGGUGCCAAAGACCAUCCGAAUCUGAAUCCUGUCGUUGAUGUUGAGGACCUUGGCAGGGUCGUGAGCUGCGUGAAGAGAGAAAAGAGAGAGAAGGAGCAGCAAGAGGAGAAGAGCGGUUUGCUCAGGAGCUCGGGGAAGAACGGCCCCGGCGAACGAAGAGCUAUGAUAACCCCCGCUCUCCGGGAGGCCCUCACUAGACAAGGGUAUCAGUUGAUUGGGAGCCACUCCGGGGUGAAGCUUUGUAGAUGGACAAAGUCGAUGCUCCGAGGGAGAGGAGGUUGCUAUAAACAUACAUUCUAUGGCAUUGAAAGCCAUCGUUGCAUGGAAACUACCCCAAGCUUGGCUUGUGCAAAUAAAUGUGUCUUCUGUUGGCGGCACCACACCAAUCCAGUGGGCACCGAGUGGCGGUGGAAGAUGGACCAGCCUGAAAUGAUCCUAAAGGAAGCCAUUGAAAACCAUCAGAGCAUGAUUAAGCAGUUUAAAGGAGUACCGGGUGUCAAAGAAGAACGUUUUGAAGAAGGAAUGAUGGUAAAGCACUGUGCGUUGUCCCUAGUGGGAGAACCCAUCAUGUACCCGGAAAUCAACAGGUUUUUGACACUACUCCACGAGUGUAAAAUCUCUAGUUUCCUGGUCACAAAUGCACAAUUCCCUGUGGAAAUCAGGAACCUCAAACCAGUUACCCAGCUGUAUGUCAGUGUGGAUGCCAGCACCGAAGAUCGCCUGAAGAAAAUCGACCGCCCACUCUUCAAGGAUUUCUGGCAGAGAUUCCUCGAUAGCUUAAAAGCUUUGGCAGCAAAGCAACAGCGUACUGUGUACAGACUGACUCUAGUGAAAGCGUGGAAUGUGGACCAACUCCAGGCCUACGCAGAGCUGGUGUCCCUGGGGAAUCCCGACUUCAUCGAAGUGAAGGGUGUCACCUACUGUGGAGAGAGCUCAGCCAGCAGUCUCACCAUGGCCAACGUGCCCUGGCAUGAGGAGGUGGUGCACUUUGUCCGGGACUUGGUGGAUCUGAUCCCUGACUACGAAAUUGCUUGUGAGCACGAACAUUCCAACUGCCUCCUUAUCGCUCACAAAAGGUUUAAGGUGGGCGGCGAGUGGUGGACGUGGAUCCAUUAUGACCGCUUCCAGGAGCUGGUGCGGGAGUACGAAGACAGCGGGGGCUCGGCCACCUUCGGCGCACAGGAUUAUAUGGCCAGAACGCCGCACUGGGCCGUGUUUGGUGCCCGCGAAAGAGGCUUUGAUCCCAAGGACACAAGAUAUCAGAGAAAGAACAAGUCAAAGGACAUUUCCGGAUGCUGA